AUGGAAAGUCUGGGUGAGGCUCCUGGGAGCGAAAGAGAUGUCGAGAGCAACAACCAUGAGCGAGAAGAUCAAUACGAGACAUCCCAUUAUAAGAGUCGGCUCUUCUCGGAUCCAUGGAAACCAUACCAACAGCCCCGUGCCAUUAUCAAAGAGUGGCUGCUGAGGCUGAGGUGCUGUUUGGGAUCGAUGUGUGGGAUGGAGUGGUACAGCUACGCUGCUCUGGGCAUCAUCAUGGCUUUCCUCAGCUUUCUCAUGGACCUGAGUGUAACAAAGCUGCUGAGAGCUCACCAAUGGCUUUAUGUGAAACUAGAGGGCAAUAGUCUGCUGCAGUUCUUCGGUUGGACCCUUUACCCAGCAUGCCUCUGUGCUGUCGCAGCAUCAUUCUCCCACAACAUCUGUCCCUUCUCCACAGGCUCGGGGAUACCAGAGGUACGAACCAUGCUGGCUGGCAUUGAAAUGCCUCAUUACUUGUCUCUCACUAAUAUGUUUGCCAAGUUCCUGGGUCUUAUCUGUGUUCUGGCAGCAGGCAGCACUGUUUCCCUGGGCAAAGUGGGUCCACUUGUGCAUCUUUCCACCAUGGUGGGAGCCUACCUCAGCAAACUCUGCACUCUCAUACAGGACAACAAGAAGGACAAAGGAGCUGGAGACAUGUUGGUUGUAGCUGCUGCGGUCGGUGUCGCCAGCUGCUUCGGAGCUCCCAUCAGUGGUGUGUUGUUCAGCGUGGAGGUCAUGUGCUCUCACUUUGCCCUGAGGCAUUACGUCCCGUGUUUCUUCUCAGCUGCGUGUGGGGCGUUGACCUCCCGCCUCUUCACGGUGUGGAGUGGAGAUGGAGAGACUCUUCAGGCGCUGUUCAAAACUAAUUUCCCUGAUGCUUUACCGUUCUACCCGCUGGAGAUUCUUCUGUUUGCUUUGUUAGGGCUGCUGUGUGGAGCUGUGAGCUGCUGCUACCUCUUCUGCCAUCGGUGGAUGCUGCAAUUUACCAAAACAAACGCGGUAUUCGUCAAGAUGCUGACGACAGAGAAGGGUCUAUACUCCGGCAUGGUGGUCUUCCUCCUGGCAGCUGUAACGUUUCCCCACUCUGCCGGACAGUUCAUGGCGUCUAAGUAUACCAUGAAUCAGCUCCUCACCUCCUUACUGGACAGCAGGCAGUGGAGCUCUCAGCACCAGAAUGCGUCUGUGCAGCUGCAGCCUGAGGCUUUGUCUGAGUGGAGCUCAUCAGGGAGUCCUGUCUACCUGUCUUUGGCUUUCUUUCUGCUCAUGAAGAUGUGGAUGUUGGUCCUCGCCUGCACUCUGCCCGUUCCAGCUGGAUACUUCAUGCCAGUCUUUGUCUAUGGGGCAGCUUUGGGCCGUUUGCAUGGAGAAGUAGUAGCAUAUGUGUUUUCCAUUGGAGGGACUUCAGACCAACAGCAGGUUUCCAUAAAUCCUGGGGGCUACGCACUGGCCGGUGCAGCAGCUAUUUCUGGCGCUGUGACACACACCUUGUCCCCGGCUCUCCUGGCGAUCGAGCUUACCGGCCAGUGUAGCCAUGCCGUGCCCGUUCUCCUCGCCACUCUCCUGGCCAAUGCCCUGGCUCGCUCGGGACACCGCCAAUCCUUCUACGACACCCUCUCUAUCAGCAAGAGGCUCCCACACCUGCCCUCUCUGAAGAAAGCAUGCCCUCGGCUUCCAUCCACCACAGUUGGACAGUUUCUGGGAGUGAAAUCGGUGCAGCUUCAGAAAGCAGCUGGUUCAGCAGAGAUUCAACAUGCUGUCAAAACCAGCAGUGAAACUCAAAUCCCUGUGGUGGAGUCACAUGAGUCACAGAUUUUAUUGGGGUUCGUGCUUCGAUCUGAGCUGCUGAUUUUCCUGCGUCGCCCGAAGACUGAGACUCUGGAGAAACAUCUGGAUGAGGUCUGUAGUAUUCAUCCAACCUCUGUCCUGCUAUCACCUCACAACACUGUUCAGGAGGCCCACAGAAUACUGAGUGUCGUUGGAGACCAGACCUUGUUUGUCGCAGAGAGAGGACGUUUGCUUGGGUUACUAACAUGGACACAGAUGAAGAAGAUAUUGGAGGACUUGGCCAAAGAAAUCUAA